AUGAGGAUGCUUUUGCUAUUGGGACUAGUAGCAGUAGCUCUCUGUGAGCCAGUUCGAUAUGACGGGAAUCAAGUUUUCCGCCUGAAGCCCAUGAGUGAUGAAGAUGUGUCAUUUAUUAAGAGACUGAGUGAAACCAUAAAGAUAGACUUCUGGAGUCCUGCUAGUGCUGACCUGGUCGUGGUUAACUCUGAUGUUGAUAUCCAUGUUCCAGCUUCUUACACUGACAUGAUCUCACUUAGGUUGUGGCAGAGGGGCAUGCAAUAUAAGGUGAUAAUUAAGGACCUUCAGAGUUCUGUGGAUGCUCAGACUAACACUAGGGCGCAGGUCAUUGCUCACAGCUACACCAAGUACAACAGAUGGUCAACGAUUGAGACCUGGAUCAGCUCCAUCACUUUAGCCAACCCUGCACUGGUUAGCAGCACGGUCAUUGGAAAGACAUACGAAGGGCGAUCCAUGUACCUACUCAAGAUCGGAAAGAAUACUGGCAUCACCAAACCUGCCAUCUUCAUGGACUGUGGCAUCCACGCCAGAGAGUGGAUCUCCCCAGUUUACUGCCAGUGGUUUGUCAAAGAGGCUGUGUCCACUUAUGGAACCAACGCUCAGAUGACCAAACUGCUGGACACAAUGGAUGUCUUUGUGCUGCCUGUAUUUAAUGUGGAUGGUUACGAGUAUAGCUGGAAGACGGAUAGGAUGUGGAGGAAGACACGCUCUGUCAGAACCGGCACCAGAUGUAUUGGUGCUGACCCCAACCGAAACUUCAAUGCUGGAUGGUGCACUUUGGGAGCAUCCACUAACCCAUGCAGUGAUGUAUACUGUGGCAUUUCGGCUGAGUCUGAGAUUGAGGUGAAGAAUGUGGCAAACUUCAUCCGGAAAAACAAGUCCAUCCUUAAAGCCUACAUCACAAUCCACUCGUACUCCCAGCUGCUCCUUUUCCCCUACUCCUACAAAUAUGACCUGGCCUUGGACAAUGCUGAACUGAUGAGUGUGGCAAAGGGAGCAUCGGAGGCGUUACAAAGUCUGUAUGGUACACCCUAUAAUAUCGGCCCCGGAGCCACGACCAUCUACCCUGCCUCUGGUGGAUCUGAUGAUUGGGCGUAUGAUCUGGGAGUGAAGUAUUCAUACACAUUCGAGUUGCGUGAUACUGGCCUUUACGGGUUCCUGCUACCGGAGUCUCAGAUCCAACAAACCUGUAAGGAGACCAUGCUGGCUGUCAAGUACAUUGCUACCUAUGUGCUGAACAAGCUGUAAGAGGAAGCACCUUAAAGAAAGUUCUCAUAUUUUUAGAAAUGGAAAACGAGCGUGUGUUAGA